GAUUCUGUGGGUGGGAAUAACCCUUGGAGUUAAAAAAAUCACGUGCGUAAGAUCAAAGCAAUGCCGCUUUGUCAUGUUGGAAAGAGAGUGGAAAACCAGUGAGGGAGGGGGGUGUGCAGAGGCACAGUACUGGUGAGAAGGCGGGGAGUACUGAGACAGAGUACUGGUGGUAAGAAGUACAGCAGUCCCGAAAGGGAAGCUCUCCGAACCGUUGCUGGGAUUGGGAGUUGCAGCAGGCGUGCACUACAGCAGUCUCAUGUGCGAGUUAGGGACUCUGUGGAGACAUGCCAUGCGAAGGUACAUAGGAAGCAAGCGCUGCGCACGGAGCUACUUAUGAGACAUUACGAACCUUCAGGGACUUCUAACCUUGACUGGGAAGCUUACUUGCAAGCCAGAGGAGAAAAAAGGAGACUAGCUACAAGGGAGAAGGUCGGUCAGACCUGCCAAGAGCAAUCUAUUGAGCCAGGCAAUCCAGGGCCAAGCUGCUGCUGGGUGCAGGGUCCACGUUGGUGCAACGAUGGGGAAGUGAUUGGGGCACUGGGGAGCCCCACCAGCCCGUUGUCCUCUUCCGGGCUGUUGCAACCCGACUGUGGGCCACCUCUAGUACUAGCUACUUACUGCUUAUUUUCCAAUUCGCAAUCUUCCAGAUUACUACUACUCCCAGCCCGGUAAAAAGGAGGAGGAUUGGGAUCCCUCCCGAAGCGGCUUCCUCCGAAGGUAGAAACGAUGUCUCGCUGGGCGAUCCUGCAACCUGCGAGAUGACCGAUUUGCGCAGGGGACGGGAGGCCGGUGUGGCGGAAUCGCCGGACUCGGUACCAGUACUUUUGGUGGUACUGACUGCCUGCUGUCUGUUCCGAUCUGCCUGGGCCAAGGAUACUGCGUUUGUUGAAGUGGUACUGUUUGAAUCAAGUUCCAAUGGGGAUUACACGACGUACACCACAGGGCUGCAGGGUCGAUUCUCCAGAGCUGGAGCAGUCAUCAGCGCCGAGGGGGAGAUUGUACAGAUGCAUCCACUGGGCUUGUGUAAUAACAAUGAUGAGGAAGACCUCCACGAGUAUGGAUGGGUAGGGGUUGUGAAACUUGAGCAGCCAGAACUGGAUCCCAAACCCUGCCUCACUGUGCUGGGCAAGGCAAAACGUGCCAUACAAAGAGGAGCAACAGCUGUCAUCUUCGAUGUGUCUGAAAACCCAGAUGCCAUUGAUCAGCUUGAUCAGGGAUCUGGCGAUCCUUUGAAGAGGCCUAUAGUUUAUGUAAAAGGUGCAGAUGCAGUGAAGUUGAUGAAUAUCGUCAACAAGCAGAAGGUGGCUAGAGCACGGAUCCAACAUCGUCCACCCCGACAGCCCACAGAGUACUUUGACAUGGGAAUCUUUCUGGCCUUCUUUGUCGUUGUGUCAUUGGUCUGUCUCGUUCUUCUCAUCAAGAUCAAAUUGAAACAGCGCCGGAGCCAGAACUCCAUGAACAGGAUGGCUGUCCAUGCCUUAGAAAAAAUGGAAACAAGAAAGUUCAAGUUAAAGAGCAAAGGUUCUCGAGAUGGUAGCUUUGUAGGAUCAGACACGCUUAGUAGCAGCUCCACUUCUGACUGUGCCAUUUGUCUUGAAAAAUACCUUGAUGGGGAGGAGCUUCGUGUUAUUCCAUGUGCUCAUCGAUUUCACAAGAAGUGUGUGGAUCCGUGGUUAUUACAGCAUCAUACCUGCCCUCAUUGUCGUCAUAAUAUUAUAGAACAGAAAAAGGGAACAUCUGGCCCCAUCUGUACAGACAAUGGCAACUUAACUCAAAAUCGGCAACAGAGGGUUGUGCUUCCUGUACAUUACCCAGGAAGAGUUCACAGGACAGGGCAAGUAAUUGCAUAUCCCACAAGGACCAGCAUGGAUGCCCAUGGCAACCCAAUAACAAUGCUCACAGGAGAACAGCAUGGGCCCCAGGAACUGUACCCAGCACAAUCCAGUACAUACACUGCAAGUUAUGCACCAGUACACAUAGAACAUACAUUGAAUAGCCACCACUGUAACUUGGAAUACAGACCAUAUCCCCAGAACAAUGCAUUCAGGAGACCCAGACUUAGUGGACACAACUUUGCACGUCCAUCUUGUUUCCCUCCAUGUGAAACAUUGUAUCAACAUUAUUACUUUCAGGGCCUUAGCUACCCACAGACUGAUAGCCAGCAAGGAAACAUUGCCCUUAAGAGCCCCUCUCGUGCCUUUCAGCCUGGAAGUAAAGUGCCGUUCCCGACCCUAAUGCACAUGACACCAGCAUCCCACCUGGACAGUGGCAGUACCUCAAGCUUCAGUUGUUACCAUGGCCAUCGCUCCCUCUGUAGUGGUUACUUGGCUGACUGUCCUGGCAGUGACAGCAGCAGUAGCUCUUCGGGCCAAUGCCAUGGCUCUUCUAGUGACUCCAUGUUGGACUGCACAGAAAUGAGUAACCAGGGAGUGUAUGGCAGCUGUUCUACCUUUCGCAGUUCCUUAAGCAGUGACUAUGAUCCUUACAUAUACCGGAGCAAGAGCCCAUGCAUUUCAGGGGAUGCUGGUGCAAGCUGGAGUGGUACAGUGCUCCAUGAGGACCCUCAGAUAGAUGAACUGUCUGUACAAAGUGUGGAAUGUCGGCCUAUGCAGCUUUCUUCCUCAGGGGACCAGCUGUCAAACUGUAGCAUUGAAGUGAACCACAGCAAUGGCUCAUUGCUAGAACACAGAGACAUGAAUGCCGCUACCUCAGACACAGGGCCAGAAUUCAUGUCAGAUGCUGGCAUGGAUGCUAGAAACUGGAAAGGAGUGGACCCAUUAGCCAUAGCCCUGCUGGAGCAGGCCUGCACAGGCUGUUUCCUACCUGCAGACUGUAAAGAGGCUGAAACUACUUCAAAAGUGGAUCACAAGGCUUUGUUUUUAAAUGUUUCAUGUUGUGGCACAUGUGGCAGAGGAGCUGAGAAAAGGACAGUUGGCCCAUCUGUGGCACAGAGCAUGUACAGUAUUAAUCAGGACCAUUUGUGUCUGGCAGAUCCUGUCAGAUAUGAAGGUUUGCCUUGCUGCUUCUAUGAGGAAACAAAAGUGCAGCGGGGCAGCAGCUGCUAUGCUGAUGACUAUGCAGUAAACGUGCAGUAUACCCUCACAGAUGACCCACUGAAGAGCUGUUAUCUUAGUGCUUGUAACUUGAGCCAGCGCAUCCCGAUCAUUCCUGAGGACAUGGGGUGUGAACUGACUCUUUCCAUGGAUUGUGAGGGGGCCCAGCUUUGUGGCCUGAGGGGAGGACCAGCCCAGACAGACAUGCAUCGAAAAUUAGAGGACAGGGUGAAGAAAUCCGAGGACGCAUGCAAACUCUGUCCCCAUCAGACCUUGUUUAACCAGCAAAACUAUCUACAGGAAGAGGAUGUGACAGCCCUGUUUCAGAGGAGCAACUCAGGAUACCAUGAAGCAACUGGAAGUAAUGUUGUAGGGUCUGAGCCUUUUAGCUCUCCUGAUCAGGAUACAGCACUGGGUCAGCAAAUGUGAUCACGCUGUAUGAAAUCAUAGCAGCUUCUUUAAAAACCAGCAGAGGCUCCGUACACAGAAGGAAUUUGCUGGUGCAGAGGACUUAAAAACUGACUAAACAGCACUAUUCUUUCUGUGCCCAAAUGUACCAUCGCACUCAAAAUCACCAGACCCCAUCUGAACUUCAGUAAUAGUCAUUAAAAGCUGUGUGAGAAGGAGGGUAGAACUGUGAAUGCUAGAGAUGCACAGAUUGGUAGCACACUGCCACACCACCAUUCAGGGUAAUCUGCCAGUGACAGUGGCUGUAUAAUGGCAGAAUUAUGUCAUAAAGAUAUUAAAUAUAGCUGACUGACAGUGAUAAGGAAACUACACAAUACACGCCUGGUGAAGGCAGAUUGGGAAAAGGGGCUUCUGUAUAUACCUGUGUUUAGGGAGCACUGGGCAGCCAAAAGGUACUAGAACCACAGUGAAUAAGUACAAGUAGUAAAGAAAUUGAGACUGCAUAGCCCUUGACAGUCUAAAGUUGUGGUUCAUGUAGUUCUAAAGGCAACUGUAAUGGCAUGUCAUGCCAUCAUGUGUACACUUCUGUACCAUGUGAAUGCUGCAGGGUCUUCUACUAACAUCAGUGGUAACUGUUUAGCAGCUGAUAACCAUAUGUUUAGGGAGUACUGGCAGCCAAAAGGUACUAGAACCACAGUGAAUAAGUACAAGUAGUAAAGAAAUUGAGACUGCAUAGCCCUUGACAGUCUAAAGUUGUGGUUCAUGUAGUUCUAAAGGCAACUGUAAUGGCAUGUCAUGCCAUCAUGUGUACACUUCUAACUGUACCAUGUGAAUGCUGCAUGGUCUUCUACUAACAUCAGUGGUAACUGCAGUUUUCAGUUUUAGCAGCUGAUAACCAUUAUCUACAUAGUAACUGUGUAGUAUGAAGAGAUUGCUUCACUGGUAGCAGCAUUUAGGUUAGGUAAAUGGCAGUUUUGCAGGAUAAAGUUACUUGGUACCUCUUUUUGCACCCAGUUUGCCCCACUAGUAAUUAGCUGUGGUAUGGGUCCGUAAUUAUGCAGAGAUUUAAUCCCUGCCCAUUUUUUUUGUUUAUUUUUUACUACUUCUUUGUUUUGUUUUGUUUUGUUUUUUAGCUUUCACAAACACACAAUAGUGGUAAUAUGGAGAAAAACCAAAAAAAGGCCUCCCUCUCUUGCUUCUUUUAUUUCCUGUUUGCUUGUUUAAGUGACAUCAUUUUCAUGCUAGGCUAUUCGUAAGGAAACUAAUCAGUUAUAGGAAAACACCUCUGGCUGCUUCCUGUCCUAUUCAGGUGUUUCGUAGCUGACGGGUAGUGAGAUGCCAGUUACAUGAGUUGCACAAGCAGAAUAUUGAGCACCGGUUGAAAGCUAUCCACCAUUAACUCUCUCAACCCAAAGUCUUCUUUUCUAUUCAGAUGCAUCAUUUUGAAAGCAAUGUCUACCUGUACAUUGGAAUGUCAUAUUGACAACAUUUUUUGUUUUACUUAAUGUUUAAUGUUUUAAAAGUAGUCAUUUAGACUUAAAUGCUGUGAAGUCACAGAAUUGCAUUCUGCCUGGUUCAGGGAGGGCAGACAUAUCAGAUGUUUAACUGAUACCUCUGUCCCACCCGUCAUUUUGAAACCUCAUACUUUCAUUAACACCUCCAUUGUUAACUCUUGUUUGUAUGUAUAUAUAUAUAUAUAUAUAUAUAUAUAUAUAUAUAU